CGGCGCCUCCUCCUCGGACAACGCACGACAAAACAAAAGGGGACAACAUGCCUACACCCAAUAAAGCAGAGAAGCUGCCGCCGUACGAGCCCAACAUCCCUGAACCAACCACCAGGGCUGAGUUUCUCAAAUACUGGAUGCCGCUGUCUCUGGACGACAAAACGGCGCAGAAGCUGCUGUGGAUCUCGGAGAACGGGGCUAAAGUGGCGCGCACGUCCGAUGCCGUCUGUCCGUACCCCAACAGACCGGAGAGAUACGAGCACUCGCCACAGGUGCUGUGCAAAGAGGGUCUCCUGGGCUCCCGCGGCUACUGGGAGGUGGACUACGACGGCUGGGUGGUGAUCGGCACGGUGGCGGACAGCGCCCCCCGCAAGGAUGGCCCCUGUGGCCUGGGCGAGAACGCCAGCUCCUGGGGCGUGGGCUGGUCAGGCUCCUGCUACCAGGUGUGGCACAACGGUGAGAACGUGGACAUCAGCCUGCCGCUGUCCCACACCCUUGGUGUGUACGCGGACCAGCCGGCUGGCAUCGUGAAGUUCCUGCUAGUGGAGGGCGAGGGCGACAAGGAAGUGCGGCUGGUGCACAAAUUCAAGAUCAGCGUGCAGGAGAAGCUCCUGCCCGCCAUGUGGGUGGGCACAAACUCCUUCUGCCUCAUUCGGAAAAAAGAUCAGUGACUCGGCCGAAGGAACAAGUGGACAUUUAAGGUCCAACAAGCACUAGAGGAGUUGAGGGCUGCAGUAGUGUGACGAUGUUGAUGCGCAAUUGUUUUAUUAUACUGUUGUGUAUUUUUGUUUUCUUUUUUAGAAAUAGGCAAGGUGACUUGUGAUAUUUGCAUAUAUACUCAAGAGCUUGUUUUGCAUCUUUCUGUGUGCCAAAUAAAGUCAACAUCUGUGUACAA